AAGGCCCGGGAACCACGAUCCCCGUCUCGCAUCGCUUCACAUCGUCUCGCCGCCGCCGCCUCAGCAGCUAUCGAGUCGGCCAUGGAGACAUUAGACACUGCCAGUAGGCAAAGUGUUGGUCUUCCCUCGAUAAACCAUCUUGACGCCGCCGACAAAGUCAAGCGAGAAGAGGUGGAUUACCAGAGAAAAUAUCCCACAGCCGCCAUGGUCAGUCCGUUACACCCUUUCGCGGGCCCGUCGCAUUUGCAUGCCAAUCACCAAUCGUCGCCCGCCAGCGCAGUAUCCGCCUCGCUUGGAGGCUUGCUGUCUCCCCCAGAAUCCAGGCGAACGUCUGGUGAUGAGAAGGAAUCACAGCGACCGACGGCCCGCCAGUCGUUGCCGUCAAUACAUGAGGCCCUAGGGACGGAGCAGCCGCUGUCAUUCCCUGCUCCGGUACAGCCAACUUCUGCUCUAGCGCCAGUUCAUCAGCAUUAUCUCCCGCUUUCUGCGACCUCUUCGCCUUCAGAUCAACGAAUACGAAAUUUCCCGCCCGAUUUCAACAGUAGUCAGGGACCUACGAAUCCUUUUUCACAUCCAAGAAGCCCAUUUUUGGGCACUUCAAUCUCGCAACCGCCGCCGCCGCCGCCUCAGACGCAGCCCGAACCACUCCCUCGUCCAUCUUUUGCGGCCCCUCAGCAUAACCCGAAGCUGCCGACCCUCCAUCCACUAAAGACUACGCAGUCCCCUCCAAUGAGCGUUGCUCGACCAAAUAUGCCCUACCCCUCGUAUCCUCCGCCACCAAGUACUUACGAGAAUCCUGCCCCUCAAUCAGCGGGACCCAUGAACCAACAUUAUUCCUACUCCCAAUAUCCCCCGAGCUAUCCGCUUUCAGCACCUUCGGUGAGCGCGCCCAACUCGGCAUAUCCACCAUCGACCUCGACCUACUCUGCCCCACCACGCUAUCCCCCACAGCCUUGGCGGGACAACUCGGAGAUGGUUCGUUUGGAAGAUAAGAAGAUCAAUCGCGCCAGCUUGGCACCCUAUGGUGAAUCGGUUAAGCGACAUCUUGAAAGCUUCGACCUAGAGGCUUCGCUUAAUGAGAUGGCCGACGGCUCUGGUCGCAUUGGUGAAUUCUCCAAAGUCUACCGACAAAGAGCACACGAGAACCAACGUAUUGGUAUGACGCCACAGUCAAUGCCCAGGCUGGAAGAGGUCGACGAUAUGCUCAAGCAAAGUGAGAGAAUUCAAAUGUCACUUCAACGCAUGCGGGACGUCGUUCUCAACAAUCAUCAAGCGAGCAUGGUAGAACCACCACGAGAUCCAUAUCGACAAAUGAACGGAUACGAUCAUGAUGGCCUAAGCAAUUACGGUGACGACGGCAAAUCUGUCAGCGGCUUCGCUGGUGGCGACAAUAAAUCCAGAAAGCGAGGUGUAAGUACCUCUUUUGCGAUCUGGGGAUCAGUCAGUGUUAACGCUUGUGAACAGCGAGCUGCUCCACCAGGACGUUGUCAUAGUUGCAACCGUGCUGAGACGCCAGAAUGGCGCAGAGGACCCGACGGCGCCAGAACCUUGUGUAACGCCUGCGGUCUUCACUAUGCGAAAUUAACCCGCAAGAUGGGUGGCAAACAAGCCAUGACGAGUUCGAAUCUACGGCCUAAAUCGCUUGACCACGGGUCGCCAGCAAUGUAACCUUUUGUCUUGCUGACGUUGAUCAACAAGUCAGUUUGGCUCUUAUAUUUCCUCAGGACCGACCUCUUUGACACUAUCGACGAGCCGGUUGAGUACAUACUUUUAUCGACAUUUUCCUUGGAUCUCUGGAUGGCAUCG